CUAACUAGCCACCUAGCUAGUCUGUGUACGCCGUUGGCAGUUGCGUCGCUGUGUUGGUAUAAUUUGUGCGAAUUUAUGAACGUCUUGUGAACACCCAAAUUGAAACUACAACAAACAAGACGGGACAAAAAAUAACCGAAGCCCCCCCGCUCUCGGUUGAACACGCAAAGACGACGUUUUUGGUGUGGCCGAGAUGUCCUCUUUCUCCGAGGCGGCUCUAGAGAAGAAACUGUCCGAGCUCAGCAACUCUCAACAAAGUGUGCAGACGCUGUCGCUGUGGCUCAUCCAUCACAGGAAACACUCCAAGACCAUCGUCAACGUUUGGUUCAACGAGCUCAUCAAAGCUCAGGUAUCCCGCAAGCUGACCUUCUUGUACUUGGCCAAUGACGUGAUCCAGAACAGCAAGAAGAAAGGACCAGAAUUCACGCAGGAUUUUGCGCCGGUCAUCGUUGACGCGUUCAAACACGUUCACAGGGACGGAGAGGACGGCUGUAAGAAGCAUCUGGGUCGGGUGUUGUCCAUCUGGCAGGAGAGAGCCGUGUACGACAAUGACCUACUGGAGCAGCUCUCCCAAGUCCUCUACAGCGACAAGAAACCCAAGAAGAGGUCCUACGAGUCCAUCCAAGCUGCAGAUGAGGACUUUGCAUCCAGGAGUUCUCCAGUGGAACCCCCACAGACGUCCGAGCUGAUCCGAGCCCUCCAGGAGCUGGAGAACGCCACCUCAGGAGACUCGCUGCUGCGUCAGCGCAUCUCCUCGCUUCCCGCCGAGGUGCAGGACGCAUCCCUGCUUCACAGGAUCACAGAUAAGGAGUCGGGGGAGCGUAUCUCCCGGCUGGUGGACGACGCUUGCAUGCUGCUGGCCGACUACAGCGGCCGUCUGGCGGCGGAGGUCGACGACCGGCGGCAGCUGACGCGCACCCUGACCAGCUUCCUGCAAAGCCAGAAGGACGGCUUGGUCCAGAACGAGCAGAAACUUGAAGAGUACAAACGCAAACUGGCCAGGGUGACUCAGGUCCGCAAAGAGCUGCGAUCCCGCUUGAACAAUCUCCCAGGUGGACUCCGCAACUCCUCAGCCUGAUGAUUACACACAGACCCACGCUGGACCCUCACUGCGUUUUCAUGAUUUUUCCCAAUUCUUUAUUCUUUUAAACCUUUUUUGUCCUCUUGGCUUUUAAUCUUCAUUGUUGAAUGCAUUGCUGUAGUGCAUUAAACUCUCCCUCCCCCACACCUUUUUGUAAACUAGCUACUGUCUCUCCCCUCUCUUAAUUUAAGCUGUUUUUUCUGUAUGUGUUCAGGAUAUAUUUGCAAAGGAAUAUUUUCAAACAAGAGAAUGAGGGGGCGUGUCUCUCAUGUCAGUGUACAUAAUAACAACCUACAGUUGCAUGUAAAUAUCUAUAUUUGUAUUCAUGUCAGACUUCAUUACACACUUGCUUUUGUUUUUUGUAUAUAUAUCUGCUGGUAUUCAAAUAAAAACAUGAUGGAC